UGUGCGGGCUGGGUUGGAGUAGGAGAACAGUGAGGACCAUCAUGCCCUGGCUCACGCUGAUCCUGGCCCUCCCGAUCCUGGUGGACUUGGCCGGGACAUCAGACUCGAGCCUGGACGAGGGAUGGUGGCGCUGGAAGGUCCUGCACGGGAAAAACUAUUCUGUGGAAGCCGAGGAGGUGUUUCGCAGGGCAGCCUGGGAGAAGAACGUGCGGGUGAUCGAGCGGCACAAUGAGGAGAUGUCUCAGGGGAAGCACAGCUACCGGCUGGCAAUGAACCACUUUGGGGACCAGACAAACGAAGAGCUUCACGAGCGGCUGAAUGGCUUUCGCCCCGACCUUGGGGGAGCUCUUCGGUCCGGGCGGGAGCAAGCGCGGUUCCGGAGUAAGACGUCAUGGGAGGGGCCCGAGGAGGUGGACUGGCGCACAAAGGGAUAUGUGACCCCCGUGAAGAAUCAGGGUCUCUGCGGAUCGUGCUGGGCCUUCAGCGCCACAGGAGCCCUGGAGGCCUUGGUGUUCAAAACCACGGGGAAGAUGGUGUCUCUGAGCGAGCAGAAUCUGGUGGACUGUUCCUGGAGGCAAGGGAACGUGGGCUGCCGGGGAGGGCAGUACAUCGGUGCCUUUGAGUACGUGCGGGCCAACGGGGGCAUCGACGCAGAGGACCUGUACCCCUAUUUGGGCAGGGAUGACAUCAGCUGCCGUUACAGCCUGCAGGGGAAGGCUGGCAACUGUACCUCAUAUAUGGUGGUCGACCAAGACAACGAGCAGGCCCUGGAGCAGGCGGUGGCCACGGUGGGACCCGUAUCUGUCGCGGUGGAUGCCAGACCCUUCUUCUUCUACCACUCCGGGAUCUUCUCAAGCCACAGUUGCACUCAGAAAGUGAAUCACGCGAUGCUGGCCGUGGGCUAUGGGACCUCAAAGGAGCCAGGGGGAGGCCAGGAUUAUUGGAUCCUGAAGAACAGCUGGUCAGAGAGAUGGGGAGAACAAGGCUACAUGCGGCUGUUGAAAGGAGCAAACAAUCACUGCGGUGUCGCAAGCGUCGCGAGCUUCCCUGUCCUGUAACGGGUCUUGGCUUCCUGCCGCCUCCUCCCCAGUGGCCUGUCCCGCUCGCCCGAUGGCUCAGUGUUCCCUGGGCCACUUGAUCCCCUCUCUCGACCGGAAAAGGAGGCUGGGGCAGCUUCAAGUGGCCACAGGGAAGGGAGAGCUCUGUGUGUGUGUGUGUGUGUGUGUGUGUGUGUCUGCACACUUGAUCUCCUUUGUGCAACAAGAGGAAUUAAACACUCUUUAAGAAGAUCA